CAGAACUCCAACUUUGAUUGAUCAUCGAUUAUCAGAAAACUGCAUUCCAUAACAUAACGUAUCAUUCGUUUGUGCACAAUAUGUACACCAGAUUAAGAAUGAGAKGAUGUGCCACUGCUCGUACCUGCUUGCCUUAUMCCGUUAUUAUUUGUCCCCUGGUUUCGAAUUCUCGUGAUGGUGUGCUGCUUUGUUCCGCUCGACGUCGCGCCAUGUCGCCUCACUCCAGCGACGAUAGCUUUUCGAGUGUCAGAUCGUAGACGGGAAGCACCGCGGCAGCAACGGGUCCCGCUCGUAGGAUGCUGAUCGAAAACCCACGAUAAAAGGCCCUCUCCUUGCGGAUUACUCGGAUGGUUUCCAGGACGGAGGGUGCCCUCGACUUGGGCGAGUUCGUCAAGACCACCUUUGGUUGCCGGCUUGCUGCGUGGUACAUGCGGUUGCGCAGGGUGUCCAGGGGGAARAAGGUACCCCAGCAAAUAAUUCCGGACGCGGCGGCGCAAGCCAUUCGAUCCGGGAGCGAAAGGCAAUUGCCACCGCCGCCGUCACCGCCAUUGUUCUGGACAUCGAACCCGAAACCAUCACCAGCGCCGUCCKGAAUCUCUUUGGAAGCCAACCGAGAUCGCUUCAGUCCUUCAUACGCCGUGACAUAAAUGGAGCGACCCAGUGCCUCCGAUAGCAAGUGAGGCAGAAAUGCCGCACCGUAGGGUCGCAAGGGUUUGAACCUUGUUUGACCGCCCGAUUCUACGACGAACACUUCUCGAAAGGCCUUGCGGAAAGUGUUUCCAGAGAUUUGUUGGUUGAUCUUCAUCAUGAGGAGGGGAGCCGUCAGGGUGGCGGUGGUCAUGCCUCCAACCGAUCCCGACAUAGCUACAUUCGUCAGGGAGUCCUGAGAUCUAUAAUUGUUACAAACGCUGCCGGCCUGCCCGUGUUGUAGAGCAUAGAGGAAUCUUCGGGUUGCAUCAAAGGAUGCAAAGUUCAUGCUUUGUACCAUUCCAACCGUUACAAGGGGGCCGGUCACACCAGAAUACAAGGCACGAACGGUACGGACGAUCGUCGAAACCGGUUUUGUAACGAUUCUUGCCGCAGCCCCGGUCGCUCUUUGCUGCAUAGUGGUUGCUGUCGUAGAGUUGCUCCUUCUUGCACCAGAGGCCUUCGACGAUUUUGCAAUCCUGCUCUUUGUAGUGCUACUGUUGCUACAACAUUUUCCACCCCUGCCGUGUUUCGUCGAUGCAUCCUUGGGAGCUUUGAAUCCUUUCUUCGCCACCAGGUGUUUGUUCUUGCCCAUCGUAUUUGUCUGCACCCAUACCUUCAUGCUCUCCAAAGGGUAACCAACAAUGGUCCCGGACAUGCCCGCCAAACAUCCAGCCAUCAUGGUGUGCGCUGGAUUGGAUUUCUUGUUCCGAUGCAUCGUUUUUCUCGAGAUUGUAUCACCAGGAUGGGCACCUUCUAGAUGUGGGAGAGCCGGAGUAGAAUACAAGAUCUUCCUCAUCUUAUAGCUCACGAAAUACCGGGCCAACCAAAAUGAAGCACACUAGGAUGCAACACGAMCAACGUGCGAGGCAUCGAAUUGUUCCAACUUGCUCACGCUAUGGUACUGGUUAGACGACAGUACUUUUUUUAUUUACGAUUCAUUAAUGGAGAACGGUGGAGAGGUCAGUUGUUGUCGUGUUGAYUAACAGUACAGUACGUAAUGGGUUUUGCACUACAGGAUGAAUUUUUAUGUGAAGAGGUAGAAAGAAUUCUCAAUUCUGCCCAAAAAAUCUAGAAGAGUUCGAAAGCUGUGCCGUAGCGCUGGUSGUGGGAGAACAUUCUACCAUUGGGCCCCGCCACAACACGCACGAAAGUAUCGUUGUGAAUUUGUGGUCUUUCCUUCCUCCGGRAACAAAAUUAUGCACGACUGGAAAAGGUCCCAAAAUUAUUCAAAAAACUUUACUCCAUCGAGUCGGAGAUUCAUGUUUCUAUCGGCCUCGCCCGGUGCAGCGUGACGCGCCGGAAAAAUACCGGUAACUUUUCGUAUCGCCAAAUCUUGUUCGUAGARAAGUAUUUUUUACGUUUUGUCCUCCGAACCGCGACACACAUCACGAAAAUUCCUGAUCGGCUUCGUUUUCCAGAAUCGURUGUCACYACUAUUAUCCUUCUCAGCAAAUCUACCAAUUACAACACCCUUYUUGUUACCAAUCUGAAGGCGGUAGGAAGAACGAAAUCCUCUUACAUAACCAUGAAGUUCUGUGAAUUCCAACAGUUACUGCAAAUAAUCCUACUGUCGAGUACGGCAGUAGCGGGAGCUACUGCUUCGACCGAAGCCGACCGKCGCUCGCGGUUGCGCAAAGAUGUCCAUAUUCUAUUACACGAAAACAACCCAAAUCUCGAACGCGAUCCAACAUCGCCAGUGCRCUUCUUCAAGGAGCGAAGCAAAACCGCAAGCCUCCGAACGACCGUGUACGGGGGCCAACUCAAGCACCAUGGAUUUGGAGAUAAGCUCCGAUUGUUGAGACCAUUCCUUGAGGUUGCCAAUCGCAAUGAAUUAAUGGUUAUUGCCACAGCCAGAGACGUUGUCCUGAAUGUUCCUGACAACGAGAAGAGCGCCACGGAAGCAGUGGAUUCUUUCCUCAAGACCUUCRACAAGCUGACAGAGAAUCAUCCACAUGCUGUGAUCAUGUCUGCCGAAGAAAAGUGCUGUGCCGCCGCAAUGAGUCAUGCUCGCCCGGGGGACUACUUCGAUCCUGUYGCUAAAGRACGGAAAGAACGAGCUUGCUCUUCUGGAAAGAAAGAUUGCCUCCCAGAAGAAAAUGACAACAUUGUCUCUUGGAAGGAGAUGAUGAGAAACCGAGCUCUGGAUGAUACUCUCCUAAGUGGCCUCGAAGAAUACAACAAUGUUUUCUUAAAUUCAGGCAUUCUUGCAGGAUACCCCGCAGACUUGCUGAAGCUGUUACAAUUGAGUGAUAUCGGUUUUAGCGAGGACGAUCAAGCUGUCUUUACGGAUUUGAUGCUCACCUUCCCCGAGAUGAUUCAACUCGAUUACCACCAAGAGAUGUUCGGGAACAACCAUGUUCGAAAAGGUCUGAAAGAAGGUUGCGUGUUUGAACCGCAAGCAAGAGACAAGCCSCUGAUUAAUUUUGAGCAAAUGACUCAACCAUUGAUUCUUCACACGCCCRAUAUGUUUUACGACUGUCUUGAUUCUCUCAUAGAUGGACUUGGCGGAGAGAGCAAGCGGAGAUAUUUGGUCGAUUAUGGCUCUGGCGACACGGGCGUUCAAAAGAGAUCCCUUCAGUUCCAAGAUGAGCUCAUUGCAAAAAUCGAGAUCGACGAAGAUAACAAAGAGGUCUACCACGUUUAUAACGAAGAAGGACUAAACCAAGAGGGUCUUUUCUCAUAUCUGUCAAAUCUCGUUGAUAGUUACUUGAACUAUGGACAAUACGGCAACUAUGGYCAAUACGGCAACUAUGGCCAAUAUGGGAAUUACGGAAACUACGGCCAGUACGGAAACUACGGCCAGGCUGGAAACUUCGGGGAACUYGGAGACAACGGUUUCUUUUUUGAAGGACCACUCACAGCUGAAGCUGAAAUGGCUUACUACGAAUGGUACAACGAAAUUUCAGGAGGUGAUGACAUCAUGGGCAGGACGAACACGUUUGAGACACUGUCUCCGACCUCAGGAUCAUCGUCUGGAUCCUCAUCUGGAUCCUCAUCUAGUUCUUCAUCUAGGGGAUCCUCAUCUCCUACUUCAUCUGGGGAAUCCUCAUCUCCUUCUUCAAGCGAGGGCUUGCCUCCGGCGGGGACGCGGACUGGCAAUGACGCUGCCGCCCUUGCAUCAGCAGCACUAUUUGCACCCGUAGGCGCAGAAASCCUAGGCUCAGAAGCACCAAGCGCAGCACCGAGCGCGGCACCGAGCGAGGCACCAAGUUCAAGUUCUUCUUCUAGUUCUUCCUCGGGUUCGUCAUCUGGAUCUUCGGUGUUUUCAGAUCGAGUGACUGUUGCGGGGCGAAUUGACAACAGUACAGCAGCAGCACAAGCGGGUACACAAGCACCAACCUCGGGUUCUUCUUCGGGUUCUUCCUCGAGUUCAUCCUCGGGUACUUCUUUUAUUAAUAUGAAUUUCAACGAAACGUUCAGCAACGAAACGUUCAGCAACGAAACGUUGAGCGACGAAGCAGCAUUCGAAGAACUUUUUGAAGUGGACGACGAAGAUUCGGUUGUACCUCCUGGAGGCAGGACAAUCGGAAAAGAGCGCAAACCAGCCCCGACUGAAGAAACUCUAACAGACGAGCAUUAUUACCGUGAUUGGUUUCAUUCAAUGCUUGAACACAUUUGGCCAUGGUCAAAUUAAAUAUGUAGAUUAUUACAAAGUACAGUAUAUUAAAAUAAAUGUAAAACGUGUCUCACACCAGCAGUACCAAAGAGAAGAAGAMGGCCUUUAAAUUUCAAAAUGUACAUCAURAUGCACUACUACUACUAAAAAUGAACUUAAUAUCAUGUU